CCUUCAGCACUCCGGUGGGCAUCAUUGCUGGUUCCAUCGUGGCUGUCAUCCUGUGCAUGGCUAUCGCUACCAUUAUGAUCAUCAUUCUCCUUCGCAGAAACCGUCCUGAUUGCAGUGAGAAGAAAAGCUGUGAUGCUUAUACCCAUGUCAUCCAGUACCCACCGCUGGAGCAUCACAUCAAUGGAGGCUAUGGGGGACUGACAAUGCCACUGUUCCCAUCACCUGGAUCUGUACACAGUUCUGUGCGUACAUAUGUUGACCCCCAUACAUAUGAAGAUCCUAACCAGGCAGUUCGAGAGUUCACGAGGGAGAUAGACGCCUGUCAUAUUAUCAUUGAGUCAGUCAUUGGUGGAGGCGAGUUUGGAGAUGUGUGUAAAGGUAAGCUAAGGAUGCCUGGACGUCUGGAGAUGACUGUAGCCAUUAAAACCCUCAAACCAGGUGCCACAGAGAAGAACAGGCUAGACUUCCUCACAGAAGCCAGCAUCAUGGGCCAAUUUGAUGACCCCAAUGUGAUCUUUCUAGAAGGAGUUGUUACAAAGAGCAACCCAAUCAUGAUAGUCACAGAAUACAUGGCCAACGGCUCCAUGGACACAUUUUUGAGGAAAAAUGAUGGCAGGUUUACCAUCAUGCAGCUGGUUGGAAUGAUGAGAGGCAUCGCAUCAGGCAUGAGGUACCUCUCUGAGAUGGGAUUUGUGCAUAGGGAUUUAGCAGCAAGAAAUAUUUUGGUGAACGAAACUCUGGUAUGCAAAGUUGCUGACUUUGGACUCUCCCGAGAGAUUGAGUCAGACACCACGGACGGGGCAUACACCACCUCUGGGGGCAAGAUUCCAGUCAGGUGGACAGCUCCUGAGGCUAUUGCCUUCCGCAAGUUUACGUCUUCCUCAGACGUGUGGAGCUACGGGGUCGUCAUGUGGGAAAUUGUUUCCUACGGGGAGAGGCCGUACUACAACUGGUCUAACCAAGAUGUGAUCAAAGCCGUGGAGAAGGGCUACCGGCUACCCCCACCUAUGGAUUGUCCCGAAGCCAUCCACCAGAUGAUGCUCGACUGCUGGCAGAAAGAGCGGUCCCACAGACCCAAGCUGGGACAGAUUGUCCAAACUCUGGAUAAACUCAUACGUGCACCGGAGCUUUUACAGAAACAAGCAAAACCUCGACCUCACAACUUCAUUGACCCCAGCGCCCCAGACAUGACCUCCCUGUCCACUGUGGAGGACUGGCUGAUGUCCAUCAAAAUGGAGAGAUACCUUAGCCUGUUUCUGUCUGCUGGACUCAGCAACAUGGACCAGGUACGUCAUGUGACUGUCCGCGACCUCUUGAACAUGGGCAUAAGCUUGGUGGGCCACCAGAAGAAGAUCAUGAACAGCAUACAGACAUUCCGAGCUCAAACCGGGGACAGCAUACAACAGCACAUGUCCCAGGCUGCGCUGGUAUAG